AUGAAAGCUAAAUCCGCCCCUGCAACCCGCAAGCCAAUCACCAUUCUGUUCAUCAGCCUCGAUCGGUACUGGCUGCUGACCAAGAAACUCGCCUACGGUACAUUUCAGACGCACAAACGCGCUGCUACCAUGAUUGCUAUUUCGUGGACGAUCAGUCUGCUGUUUUACACCGUAAUAAAUUUCGCUUGGGAACCUUUGGCAGGCGUUGGGAACGUAGAUUAUAAUGUCGAUUGUGAGCUGGAACCUUAUGACAACAUUCCAUAUAAUGCAUUUGCAUUUGUUGCCGAGUUUGUCAUUCCGCUGUUUAUAACAUCAUACCUUAAUGCGAUGGUUUACAUCAACAUCAGGCGAAGAUCCAAAGGCAUAUUCCGAGUUCAACUAGCUGCUGUGAAGUUACCAAGAUCUCCAGGCGAGAGAGCAGAAAGUAGUGAGAGGGAUCAAAAAGACGUAACACUGGAACUCACCACAAAAAGCCAAGGAUUAGGGCACAACACUGCUCAGGCGCUGCCAGAAGAAAGGAGCGAACCGAGUGAUAAGGGUGCGAGAAAGGAAAUAGAACUAACUCAGGAGGGAGCCUUUAAUAAUCUGGGAUUUGAUGAGCAGAUUGGGGAUACUAAUUCUCAGAUCAAAAAUGCUACCUCCGAUGAGAAGAGAACCGAGGUCAAACCUUCAGGACCGGCCGAAUCUCCGGACUCUAGAAGAUCUCAAAACCACGAAGUCAGAGAGUUCAGGCGUCAUCGCAAAGCUGCCAUUACUCUAUCGGUGCUGGUGAGCGUCUUCAUGGUAUCAUGGCUACCUUUCUACGUCACAUCAAUGAUUACCGCCUUUUGUGCUGACUGUGUCUCCGAUCUUGCAUGGGAUGUGGUGAACUAUCUGAAGUGGUGUAACUCUACGUUGAACCCGUUUUUGUACGCACUCUUGGUUCUACGUUUCCGGGAGAACAUAAUGCAUUUCUUAUGUUUCAGAACUUGUAGGAACCAAAACGGUCGAAAGUGACAUUUUGAUGUAACAGUUUGAAUACUGUCGUAACAUUAAAUUAGUAUGCAAUUGUUUGUAUUGGUAUAUCUAUUUGUGAAAAUGUGUCGU